AUGGAUACAGCCGCAGGUGGUAUUACAGCAACAUGCGUGGAUACAGCAGCAGGUGGUAUUACAGUAACAGGCGUGGAUACAGUAGCAGGUGGUAUUACAGCAACAGGCGUGGAUACAGCAGCAGGUGGUAUUACAGUAACAGGCGUGGAUACAGUAGCAGGUGGUAUUACAGCAACAGGCGUGGAUACAGCAGCAGGUGGUAUUACAGUAACAGGCGUGGAUACAGUAGCAGGUGGUAUUACAGCAACAGGCGUGGAUACAGCAGCAGGUGGUAUUACAGCAACAGGCGUGGAUGCAGCAGCAGAUGGUAUUACAGCAGCAGACAAGGGUACAGCAGCAGACGUAGACACAGAAACAGGCGUAGAUGUUAUUGUCUCGGUACUUCAUGGCAAUGUCGCAGAUGCUGAAGUCGAACUCAAUACCCAGCUCAGUGGAUGA